AUGGCAAAUCCCAUUGUAUCGACGGUCAAUGCCGGUAGUUCGAUGCAGAUCGAGUGCACCGAGUCAGACGCCUCUUGGCAGGCUCCUCUCCGGCUGAGGGCUGAUCGGUUGCGAAACAAGGGGGUUCGUCUCAUCGCGAGGGAGCCUGGGGAGGCGAGAAGCAGAGUUUCUGACGCAACUCUGACCUUCUCACCGAGGUCGCAUCACGGUCAUAGCUCUGCUCAGAACGGUCCACUCAACAUCCUCAUACUGCCCAGUGUGCAUAAGCGACCUCUUGGCUAUCGCAGCGUUGCAAAAGAUAAAAUGGAUCUCAUCGACCAGGAUUUGCUAUUCCAAGUAACCCCAAUCGAGCAAAUCAGUCCUCGAGGCUGGCCGAGAUAUAUCUUUCCUUUUGAGUUGGCUGAGAACUAUGACCUUGAUGAGGUGACGCGGAUCCUGAAGGAUGGCUGGGAAGCCACCUGCCGGCGCAUCCCCGUCCUGAAGGGCGAAGUUCUCGCCGACCCUGACGGGAAGCAGGGCGGGAUGGUGAAGAUCCAGCUGCUCGAUGACAAGGAACGUCUCGAGCGGAUUCAGCCCAUCACGGUCAAGGACCUUCGGUCACCCGGAGCGUACCCCUUGACGUUCGCCGAGCUGAAGGAGAAGCACUUCCCCGUGUCCGCGUUCGACCCGGAGGUCUUCACGCGCCGCUACACGUGGCCGUCCCCGGAGGACCGCCUCCCCAUCAUGCUCAUGCAGCUCAACUUCAUCCGGGGCGGCCUGAUCCUGAACUGGAACCCGUUCCACAUGAUUGGCGACGGCAAGACCUUCUUCACUUGGACGGCGAUCUGGGCGGAGGAAUGCCGGCGGGCUCAGGGGCUAGAGAUCAGCGAGCCGUUUGAGCUGCGCCAGAGCAUCGUCAGCGACAGGCGGCAUGCUAUCAGCCCCAGGGCGCCACCGAGCGGGAAGGCAGGCAGGCUGGAGGACCACCCACAGUAUGUGCUGCUGACCGAUCCGGCGAACCAGCUGGCGAAAGUGCUCAAGGCGGACGGGCACGUCGGGCAGAUCUUCUACUUCUCCAAGGAGUCGUUGGAGCAGCUCAAGAGAGAUGCAUCUCCCAAGAACCCUGCGCCAGGCGAGCCCCCGUACAUCAGCACCAACGACGCGCUCACUGCCCUCGCGUGGCGCUCUGUCAUGGCGGCACAAUACCCACCAGACAAGGUCAAGGGCGACGAGGUCUCGGUGUUCAACAUGGCGGUUGACGGGCGACUACGCAUCCAGCCUCCAAUCGACGAAAACACGCUAGGAAGCUUCGUCGAGUUCAUCGAGGUGAAGAUGCCCCUCCGCAAAAUCUUGGACACCAGCGGAAACAGUGUCGCCGAGAUCGCAUCCGCUCUCCGAAAAGCAAUCACCAGCAUGAACGACGACUUCCAGGGGGCCUUCACCAACGACGUCAUCCAGCUGAUCAACGGCCUGGGCGACGUGAGGUUCCUCUCGCCGUCCGCGUUCCUGGACUGCCCUGGCUUGUGCUGCUCCCAGACCAGCUGGGCCAAGUUCGAGCUGUACGGCCUGCGGUGGGGGCCCGCGCUCGGCGAUCGCAUCAGGGCGAUCAGGUCUCCGAGCAAUGGAAUCCUGAAUGGGAUGCAGAUCAUGAUGCCUGAGCUUCCGGACGGUGGCCGGGAGAUGCUGUGUGGCAUUAAUGAGGAGGACCUUCCGAGGCUGAUGGCUGAUCCUGUUUGGAGGAAAUAUGCCGAGGCACGUUGA